GACAGUUCACGUUUAGUAUGAAAACAAGCUCUGCCGGUGUUUUGUUUACGUUCCGCGUUCAUUUGCAUAGUUUUUAAUAAAUAUAACUACUAAACGAGUGCACAGUUAUAACAAUGGACUUACUAAAGCCACGAACUGUUCCCCUUUCAGAGGAAACUAUUCUUUGGUUCGAGUUUCUUUUAAAACCAGCGCUUUUAACCAAGCAUCUAGGCAAAGCCAAUCCUGAUCCAUCACCCACAGAUCUUAUCACACAAUUCCUCGCAAAAGCACCAGAGGGACAAAGCCAACCCAUCGAUGUAAUACCGCCUGAUCCAGAAGGGUCCUACAAACCGGAAGGACUGAAAUACACCAAGAAACAACUUGCCCUAAAGGUGCUUGCCCUAAAAGUAGCCGCCUAUAUGCGCUGGGAUCUGGACAAGCUGGAACGCGCACUGUCAGUACCACUGCAGAUCCAAUUGUUGGCCGAUUUGUGUAGCAUAACAGCUGGCAAAAUGGUAACACUGCCGUCGUCCCUUCUCCAAGAUCCGGCUCUCAUCGGUUCGGACGGUUCAAAGCAUUCGUUCAACUUCGCCCUGACACUCUAUCAUCGGUGGGUGUUGCGGGCACAGGUACUUCGUGCAGCAGUCAUCAAAAACAUAAAGUCCAACUCUAACCAUGGUCCCACCGUUACGGAUUUAACCACAUUUGUGCUACGCGACGAAUCUUCUAUUGCGGCACUCGAACCCAUCACGCAACUCAGCAUCGAUUUCUUAAAUCAGGUGCUAAUGGAACCACAAGCGUUUCGUGUACUGACCUAUGAAUCAUUCGUUCCACUAGAUUCCAACUCUGAAAACACUCAGCAACGAUUCGACUCGGCAAUCGCCAUUAAACCGUGUGAACUGAGGGCUCAAAUCCAUUACGAUCUGUGUCAGUAUUAUCUGUAUGUGCAAAAAUACGAACUCGCACGGCAUAACGUGCUGCUGUGCAAAGAAAACUAUGCCCAAUGGCAAAGAGAAGAGAUUGGCCGAACCGGUCUUCCGCCCGCCUAUUGCACUGUUAACGCUGAAGUCCUCCAAGGGUAUCUGCUUGCUUGCGGUGUCACCGGAGAACCGGAUGGAUUGCUUCAGCGGCUGCACGAAUCGAUCCUCAAUCACUACUCCGACAUCGUGAUGAUACUGAAGGAGGACAACUUGCGCAAAGAGAUCCCGAUGACACAACGCAAACUGCUCGAGCUAAACAUCGAAGGAUACAACGCUAUCGGCAGCACCGAUGGUAAUCCGAUAGAACAGAAGGAACUGGAGCUGGCAGUUGUUGCGCUAAACAUCAUUCGCUACGUGAUGGACGGAGAGAACAUUCUCAGCUGCAACGUGGCGAUGCAGAAGUACAAAAACCAACAGCCAAAGCUGAUAGAAUCACUGUUCCAGUACGCGGAUGAACAGUACGAACAGUUUUCCAUGGAGGAACGAGGUCUGUUGAAGCAGUAUUUUUACAAAAUCAUUACACUGUACGGUGGAGAGAUGGGAUCAACCUUUGAGGCAUACGUGCAAACGUACUCAAAGGUAGUUUCCCUACAGGAGCUGAAGGACUUUCGGGCCCAACGUAUCCAGCCGGAAACGCAGCUGGGUGGUAUUGCUUUGCAGAAUGAUUGGGUGAUACCGGAGACAAAGAAUCCCAGGGUAGAAGUUGGGCAACUUGAACGACAGCUCAUCUCAUGCACUUCAGCGAAUGCUGUCCGCAAGCUGCUGGUGAAAAUUGCCGGUACUAACCCUUCGAAACCCCUGUUUACCAUCAAUCCAAGCUGGACGAUUCCGUACCCAUUGGAACAAAUGCUAAUACCGCUACAGCGUGGAUUUCUUCAAGACUUUGCAUACAUUCUCAUAGGGAAAGCUAAAGAAUUGACAGCUCGUAAAGAUUACGCCACAGCGAUCACACUGCUAACCGUGUUGAAAAACGAAACACAACGACCAGAACUGGCGGGAAAUCCGCUUGUAGCGAAGCUAGGGAAAACGGUCUCCUGGGAGGGUCUGCUCGUACAGAUUAAACAAGUGCUGGAAGAAUGGCCCAGAAAACCAGUCGAUCAGGCACAGCUCAUACGUAACUGCAAACAGUGUCUGAAUGCGGCCAUCGGUUCCACCACUAACGAGCUGAUGCCCCAUGCAAAGGUCCUCGAACACUGUGCCGCAUUGCUGUUGAAUUUGAACGAAUGGAACGCUUUGCUUAUUACGGCGGACAAACGUUUUCCCGGAGUCGAACUUUGUUCGGCCAUUACGCAAGCGUUUUUGGACAUCGAAAAGUUUAAAGGCACAAAGAAAACGAACCGCGAAGCGUGGGAGCUUAUACUGCCAAUGUUCUUAAAUCCACCCGGUUCGCGUCAGCGCCAGCUACCGCCCGACAGCCCGCUAGUGCUACUGAUCGGGAAGCUACGUGAACCGCUCGUCAUUUCCAUUCUGCUAUCGCUACUGUGCAAACUGCACAACAUACUGCGCGACGAAGUGAAUGCCGAAAUGAACGCCGAAUACAUGUUUCUGUGGCCAUCUAAUGUGAACAACACUUCCAUCUACAACAUCAAGCUGGUGACGGAAGCGCUUCACCUUUUGCUUAACCAAGCGCUCCGCUACUACCCUAACAACAUUCCUUGGCUGAAGCUGAAGGGCGAUGUAGAGUUUAUUGCCAACAACUUUGAGGCGGCCAUGCGCUAUUACGUGACAGCCCUAAUCUCUGGAACGGAGUACUGUACCGUACAUCUACAGCGCCCACUUUUUGACGACUUUCUCAUCCGGCGCAUGGUGAAGUGUAGCACCAAUAUCGGCUGCUUCGUGCAGGCAGCAGUAUUGUGCCAGUUUUUCGACGAAACUGACUACGGGUUAGCGUUUAAAAGUAUCAGCGAAAAGUCCGCUAGCUCUUCGGAUGCGAUGGAUUCUUACUACAGUUGCAUCUGGGAUUCGACACUGCUGGAGUAUAUUGUGAAUUGGCAUUACAAGAAGGGCGAACACAAGAGGCGACUGCAAGCGGUGUCCUUUAUCGGUCAACUAGAACUGAAUGCUAACAAUAACGAGGAAAUUAAGCGAGAAGCAGCUGCUGUGCGGAAGAAUCGUUUUCUUCGAUCGCUUGCUAAACAGUAUAUGUGCUGAUCACAUUAAUAUAAAUUUGGCUUGGUUAAUUUUUCUACUGUAAACGUAUUUAUAACGAAUUAAGUUUGCCACAACGCAUCUAACUUGCAAGUAAAUUUCAUAAAUCACAAAUCAAUGUCCUUCGAACGAGUUGUUUCUCAGUGUAUUUCAGUCCUUCCGGUUUGCGAGACCCUUCUUGAUCGGGCGGCAUUAGAUCGAGGGUUUGCUUUUUCCUUUACCCUUGGUCCUUUUUCGAGGAAGUUUGUGAUAAGAUCCGUUGGUGAUGGAUCUGUUGUGUGGGGAAGCAGCAGUUCGCACAUUGUAAUCGCCCAGAGAUCCUGAAAUUUAUUCCAAAACUGCUCGAAUUGAUCCUUGACUAAUUCAGCUAUUUGGGUUGUACGUUGUGUUCGAAAAACAGAGAGGAUUUCUGCAGGAUUUACAGGAAGCUGGACCAAGUGGGCUACAGUAACAACGGGAUAAAACUCCACAAGCCGAUCGUCACAUGUAAGCAAUGCAUUGUAUGCAACGUCGGAUCAAUCACGAACAAUAUAUUCCUUCGUGGUGGUGCAAUCGGUCAAUCAAGGCUGAUGCCGGUAAAUCUCAUUGUUAUUUUAAGUAAAAUUUAUUUUCUUGUAUAGGUAUUACAAAAAUUGAUUUCUUCUUCUGGAAAAGUAGUACAACAGGCGACUGAAAAUGUUCCAUAAAUUCAUUGAAUUGAAUUGAAAUGAAAUUGUUUGUUUUUGCAUUGAUUUAA